GCGGGAGCGGAGGGGGCGGCAGUGCCCGUCGCUGUCGCGGGCGGGUGUUGGAGGCAGGGGACGCCGGCGCGCGGACCGACUGACUUAGUGACCGACCGCCGGAGGCACACCCCGGUCCACCCUACCCUGCCUCGCCCUCUUCCCAGCGCUGGCGCCGCCUCCGCCUGCUACUCCUCGGCCACCCCUUCCUUCUCCACUUCUUUUCCGCCUCCGCCUCCUCGUGGCCCCCGCGGCGCCAGUGCCUUCCCCUGGCCCGGGCGGGGCGCCUCGGCUCCCUGCUGAGCUCUCCGUAGAGUCAGGGGGGACGUUUCGUCCUUGCGGAGAAACAGCCCCUGAGCUGGGCGCGAGGUGCCGAGGGAGCUCCUGCCCCGAGGACCGGGGGAUGCGAAGGGAUUCCUCCCUGCGGGUCUCCUUCUCAGUCAUUUUGAGUCUGGCCUAAAAGAAGACUGAGGUUAUGAAGUCGAUCCUAGAUGGCCUUGCAGACACGACCUUCCGCACCAUCACAACAGACCUCCUCUACGUGGGCUCGAAUGACAUUCAGUACGAAGACAUCAAAGGCGACAUGGCAUCCAAAUUAGGGUACUUCCCACAGAAAUUUCCUUUAACUUCCUUUCGGGGAAGUCCCUUCCAAGAAAAGAUGACUGCAGGAGACAACCCCCAGCUGGUCCCAGCAGACCAGGUGAACAUUACAGAAUUUUACAACAAGUCUCUGUCGUCCUACAAGGAGAACGAGGAGAACAUCCAGUGUGGGGAGAACUUCAUGGACAUGGAGUGCUUCAUGAUUCUGAACCCCAGCCAGCAGCUGGCCAUCGCUGUGCUGUCCCUCACGCUGGGCACCUUCACGGUCCUGGAGAACCUGCUGGUGUUGUGUGUCAUCCUCCACUCCCGCAGCCUCCGCUGCAGGCCUUCUUACCACUUCAUCGGCAGCCUGGCGGUGGCAGACCUCCUGGGGAGUGUCAUUUUUGUCUACAGCUUUGUUGACUUCCACGUGUUCCACCGCAAAGACAGCCCCAACGUGUUUCUGUUCAAACUGGGUGGGGUCACAGCCUCCUUCACUGCCUCCGUGGGCAGCCUGUUCCUCACUGCCAUCGACAGGUACAUAUCUAUUCACAGGCCCCUGGCCUAUAAAAGGAUUGUCACCAGGCCCAAGGCUGUGGUGGCAUUUUGCCUCAUGUGGACCAUAGCCAUUGUGAUCGCUGUGCUGCCCCUCCUGGGCUGGAACUGCAAGAAACUGCAAUCCGUUUGCUCAGACAUUUUUCCGCUCAUUGACGAAACCUACCUGAUGUUCUGGAUUGGGGUGACCAGUGUGCUGCUGCUGUUCAUAGUGUACGCAUACAUGUACAUUCUCUGGAAGGCUCAUAGCCACGCAGUGCGCAUGAUUCAGCGCGGCACCCAGAAGAGCAUCAUCAUCCACACAUCAGAGGAUGGCAAGGUACAGGUGACUCGGCCGGACCAAGCCCGUAUGGACAUUAGGCUGGCCAAGACGCUGGUCCUGAUUCUGGUGGUGCUGAUCAUCUGCUGGGGCCCUCUGCUUGCCAUCAUGGUAUACGAUGUCUUUGGGAAGAUGAACAAGCUCAUUAAGACGGUGUUUGCAUUCUGCAGCAUGCUGUGCCUGCUGAACUCCACAGUGAACCCCAUCAUCUAUGCUCUGAGGAGCAAGGACCUGAGACACGCUUUCCGGAGCAUGUUCCCGUCGUGUGAAGGCACUGCACAGCCUCUGGAUAACAGCAUGGGGGACUCGGACUGCCUGCACAAACAUGCCAACAAUGCAGCCAGUGUCCACAGGGCUGCGGAAAGCUGCAUCAAGAGCACGGUCAAGAUUGCCAAGGUCACCAUGUCUGUGUCCACAGACACGUCUGCCGAGGCUCUGUGAGCCUGACGCCUCCCUGGCAACACAGGAAAAGAAAAGGUUUUUUUUUUUUUUAAAGCAAAAUCUAGAAGAGUCUGUCGUCUCAUCGGUUAUAUUUUUUUAAGUUUACCAUGCUCAGUUCAAAAGUGAUUGUCACUAUGCUCAUUCAUCAGUUCGCUAAUGUCUCAGUAGUUUAGGUGCUCAAACUCCAUUCUCCAGGGGUUUAUGGUGAAGAAAUCCUGUUGCUUAAGUGACUGAUGGUCCUUCAAGUCUCAAUGAAAUAGAUGGGAAGCCUUUGACUACACAAUUUGAAGUCUAAGUACCCAUAGAAAAAUGUCAUCAAUUGAGUAAUGCCUUUGUAACUACCACUUUCAUUAAAAUGUGAAAUGUACCUGUCUGUAGUAUCAAAAAUGUCCAUUUUUACAAGUUAUAAUACUGGAGAUAUUUUGUAAAAAUGUAUUGUGUCCUGUGAGAUGCGUAUCAGUGUUUGCUAUGUGUUAUUUAUAUUUGUCCAGUUCAGCAAAACUGAAAGGGAACAUUUUAUGAGAACAAUGGAGCACAAGCAGUGUAUAUGUGCCAAUGAGAUCACUUUCUUUUUUAAUAUUAUUGCCCGUGGUAUAACUUUAGAAACCUUAAUAUAUCUUCAGAUAUCUCUAUUUAAAUUUGACAUGGAAAUAACCAUAAAGGUUUAUUUUCCUCUUAACACAACAAGAAGAAUUUGAAGACUGUUCAAAAUAUUGAGCAGAAUUUAUUGACACUUAAAAAUUUGUUAGCCCUGCGUUUUCAUAGGAGGACAUUUAUUAUCUUCUGGACCGUAGCUGUUCUGUUGGGUAAUGGCUUAUAAUCAGAACGGAAGAGAGAAAGCGUAUUGACUUUUUUGAGCGGCAUCUCUGACUUUCUUUAGUCUUUAGCUAUUACAGGACCUCUUAAGACAGCAUGUGUCAAUCUUAAUGUAUAUUGUUAUCACUGUGCAGUUGCUGUUUACUUGAAGAGCAUUGCAUUCUUAUACUCCAGGUUUAAGUAGAUUUCAUGUCUGGGUGGCCAAAGUAGUCUUCAUUUUUUUUUAAUUGAAAAGAAGUAUUGUCUGGAUCAGUAAAAUUAUACUGUGUGUGAGUGUGAAUAUAAAUGUGUGUAUGUGUGUGUUUCUAUCCUGUAACUGUUACAGUAAUGUCAUAAAGUGAGAAAACUGUGACCAAGUGUAAACUGUACCACUUGCUGCACUCUUGCACAUGAAUUCAGUUUCUAAAAUUGAGUUCUUCCAGAAAUCUUUUGAUAAAAAUACUAUGACCAUUAUGAAAGUCCCACCUCCUCUCCUUGAGAGAUUGGGUCAACUAUUAUGAAAUUGCCCUUUAGGUACUACAUAAGACCAGUGUUCGGCAAGGAAUAAUCAGUGACAGACAUUCAACUGAAGGUUUGUAUUUACUGUUAUUUUUGGGAAAUGAGAAUGUUUUGUUUUCUGACCACCUAAUAUUGAUCAAGUCCAUGGACAUAUAAGUCAUUAAACAGAGGAUGUUUCUAAAAAAAACCCAAACAGUAACGUUUUUCAAUUGUGUGUACAGGUAGUAUGAUCCCAGUUUAAGGAGCACUAUACUAAUCUAGGACUACCGAGUCUGGCCCAUGUGGCUAAGGAGGCUGAAUGAGUGGGUGGGACAGAAAAGGGCAAUGAAGAGCUGACACACUUGGAAUUCAGGCCUGGAUGACAUUGCUGCUCCUGUACCUCGCCCGGAUGCCCUUCAUGACAGUCUAGCACCUGGCUUUGUCUGGGUAGGUUUGGGGUAAGGAAUAGACCUCACCUCCGCUCGUGGUUAGCAAGAUAUGCUAAAGCGUAAAGAUGAGCACAGCUCUCUUUCUUCCUUGCGCCAGUCUCAUGCUCCUUAAUGGUACCACGAGUGCUCAGAAUUGGGCCCUUUUCCAGUAAGAAAUGAUAUUGCUUAAGAAGCCACUUGACCCUGACAAAUUUUACUUACAGUCUCUUCUGAUGCAGAUAAAGCAUGACUCCUGCAGGGCCCUGGGGCCUGCAUAGCAUGAAGUGAAGUGGAAAGCCAGUGUCUAUCUGGUAAUUCUUAGUUCUAGAGAUACCCGAGCAGCCGGUUCCCCUUCUUGCAGUUUACGGUCUAAGGUGGAAUGUGGCCUGUGAACCAAGCUGGGAUACUUUCAAUUGUCUCUCCAUACAGCUCAAAUCUGCCUGCUAGAUCCCUCCCCUUACCUCUCUGUGAUAUGUGGAUGAGGGCUCAGGGUAUGAGAAGAUUAAUAAAAAUCCCUGUGGAAGGAGAGAAGAUUAUUUAUGAAAAACUCACCAGGGUCUAGUUUCCGUCUAAGAAUUGCCAUUCUUUUGUCCUGUAUCAUCCCAAAUAUGAAUCCACAUGUCUCAGAGUUCACCAGACAGUACCAACCCUCUUCUCACAGCUAUCAAGACCCUGUGGAGAUGAAAUUUUUGUUAUAGGAAGAAAAAUUCCAGGAUUCCUUUUUGAAACUGUAUUUGUGCAUAUGCAAUAUAGAUUUUAUAGUGUGUUGUAUUUUCAAGAUCUAAAUUAUAUAUAACAAAUUAAGGGACAAUGGGGCUGACAGCACUAAACUUGGUGCUUAUUGAUAUUCUAAGAAAUAUCUGUGAAAUAUCAUGUAUGCGUUAUACUACCUUAAUUGAGUUGGAUUCAUUUUGGCAAUUUUGUAUCAUUUCCUAACCUAAGUGACUAAAAUGUUCUCCCCAAUGAAUAUACUCAUUAGAAUUACCAUUCAAUAGUAUCAUUCAUUAAUUAGUCCCUUAAUUAGAUCCAUUAAUUUAAAAAUGACUUAAAUUUAAGUAAGUUUUAUUGGGUCUGACGUGAGAGUUCUCUCUUUUCCUCUGUGGAUAUGACUUAUGACCAAUAAAUCAUUAGUCAUGACCAUGCAUUUCAACACCACAUGUCUUCAGAAAGGGCCAAAUUCCCAACCUGCUCAGUUUCUUCAGAGUGAUGAUGAAUCAGUCCUAGACUAACAGUUUCUUUCAGACGAGCUAGGCUGUCUCCACGAACCCCUGAUUCUUCAUUACAUAUAGAAUAUAUGUAAAAGAAAUGUGGAUCUGGGAGAAGCUGCAGACAUUUGCCUACACUUAAGGUGAUUCCCAAACCUCCUGUAACUUUUGAGUCAGGACUGUCUGGCAUUAAAUAUCCAAGAAUUGUUGCUGCCUACACCCAGCCUGCAGGAAAUAGGCCUGACCACAGAUGAGAAUAAGGCCCUGGAUGAGUAGCACUCAAGUUACUGUCCUGUCGAUUAAUUUCUGCCAUUCCAUGUGCAUAAAAGAGACUACUAAUAUCAUGCGCAAAAUUAGAUUUCUCACACUCCAACUGUAUAUUUGUAUGAUAUUUAAAAAUCUCCUAAAUGCUGGGCAAUGGCUAUUAACAAUUGUCUUGCACUGGUCUUCUGAUGAAAUGUUAACAAUGCCUAUUGUAAUAUAGACAAAACAUUCUGUCUACUGAUUUGGGCUGAAUGUAUGUAAAUAGGUUUUUUAAAAGUCAGAUAUUUAAGCAGUGGCCUACAAAUCAGUAAUUUUCAGAUUGGAGAGUUUCUUUACAUUGCUGUGGCAUCCUAAAAGCUAUCUUCAUGUAAACUUAUUGUACUAGGCCUACUGGGGAUCAGAGUUCCCAAAAAAGGAAAACUUUUCUUGUAAUAAUAUGAAUCAAGAUGCCAGAUUAUCUGGAUUCUUAUUUCCAGUGUUUCAAGUGGAAAACAUAACUCUUAUUGUCUGUAAAUCUAACAUUAUUGCUUUUCCUCUUAGACAAAUAUUGUAUUGUUAGAUGUUUGUUGAGCUGGUAACAUCUUUGCAACCACCGCAAUAUCCUCAUCAGUAAUCUGUAUAAUACUUUGUAUGCAAGUAUCAGUAAGAUUGUUAUUAAAUGUAGCUUUAGUCAUUAAAUUACUAUAGCAAAGUAGUAUUUGUGUAAUAUUUACAGUGUAUUAAGCCCACAGUAUAUUUUAUUUCAACGAUGUAAUUAAACUGUUAUUUAUUCAAAGACAAAACAUUUCAUCAUGUCUAUUGUCUAGAGUUACCUAGAAUCAAAUAAAAAUUCUAGAUUAUCAUGAAGAAUAUAAAAUGCCUUUGAAUUCUGCCUUAUGUCACAGUCUGAUGGCAAAACACUUGGGACUUAAUUUCUGAAAGAUUGCUGAACAACUAAUUUCUUCCCUCCAAAGCACUUAUGACUUUAUUUGAAAAAUAGGGACAGAUUGGAUUAAUGUAAAAGCCAUCAUUUACACAAUAAAGCAGAAAAGCGUG